AUGAGUCAAUCACAAUCCAUGCCGGUCACUCCCAAAUCUUCUGAAAGACCUGAUCAACCCAUAAAACCUGGAGAAGUUCAAGAAGAAGGAUAUAAGUACACCCCACAUCCGUCGAAGAAUAAGGGUAAAGAAAAAGUGGAAUCUGAAAGUGAUCAUAAAUCAAUUGAAGAAGCCCCAGAGGAAGAAAUACAAAAUCCAUUGAGACCGAUUUUAAGAGUAUCAAGAGAAGGGGCAUCAACGUCAGAUGUAAGAGUAGAGGACUUGCCAGAGAAGAGAAUUGACUCACGCCUGCGGACUCCCCAGGCCUGGACACUUCGACAAAAUCCGAUGCUUGGACUGGUAGAUCAACAGAAGUUUGCUGUCCUGGCAAAAGUUCCCACUCUCACUCCUAUCACCACUACUCACGCUACAAUGCCGCAGAACCAACACUCAAAGAACGGAUAUGAUGGAAGAGUAGUGCAAGGUAAUACAAUAGGUAUGCGCAAUAAGCAAGAACUUCCACCUACCACCCAUACCCAAUUUCCUAUGGCCUUCAAUAACCAGCAAGAUCGCAGAAAUUUGUCCACAGUCGACCCGACGAGUGUACCUCUUCCAUCAUCUCGCUCUUCUUUGACAAUCAUUUCAAUUCCGACAACUCACCGAGCGGAACACGUAGUACAGGAAAUUUCAAUGGGAGGACCUCCAGGAUCACCCCCAGGUUCGUCUUAUCAUUCAGAUGAUGGUAGAAAUUCAAAUCAUUCACAAGACAGAGAAUCUAUAAGGGUAUAUCUGAUACAUGAAGAUUCAGUAUCUCGUGUGAAUGAGCAAGAACAGUGGGACUACGCGUCUGCUGUACAGCAUGAAGGUUUCGAACCUCAUUGCUCUCCACCUCCCCCAGGACCACCUCAGGGACCGCCAAACGAACCACCUUGA